AGUCUCUUGGGAAACUCGGUGGAAGUUGGUUGGUUUGAGAAGUUAAAGAAUAUUCUUUGAAAAAAGUUAAAGAAUUGAUUUUAAGAAGUUAUAAAGAAUGGCCCCAUUGAAGUUGUACUACUACCCUCCUUGCCCACCUUACAGGGCAGUUCAAUUUGCCAUUGAAUACCUCAAAAUAGACGUGGAAAAGAUCAUUGUGGAUCUAUCCAAGGAAGAACAACUGAAGCCUGAAUUUCUCAAGAUUAAUCCUCAGCACUGCUUGCCCACAAUUGACGACGAUGGAUACAUUAUGUGGGAAUCUCGAGCAAUUCUCGCAUAUCUUGUCAAUUUUCGCGCCCCUGGAAGUUCCCUCUAUCCACUGGAUCCAAAAAAGAGGGGCCUCAUUGACUCCCGCUUAAGCCUAGACUCGAGCAUAAUGCAUGCUCUUGGAAAUGUUAUCGGCCUGAUCUAUUCCGGCGAGACAACAAUCCCACAAGAGAAGAAAGACAAGGUCUACACCCUUCUGGGGCACCUCAACAACUUCAUAGAGGGCAAAAACUACAUUGCCGGUGAUGAACUAACAAUUGCUGACUUUUCAUUUCUUUCCACAUUUGCCACACUGAAGGUUGUGGGCGCCAAUGUUGCCAAGUUCCCAAACCUGAUGGAUUGGUACAAACGUUGUGAAUCAGUGCCGGGAUUUCAAGUCAACGAGGACGGAGCUAAAGCCCUAAUUGACUACAUUGCAUCACGAACUUUAUUCAAAGGGGAAUCGUGGGAUGAAUAAAGUUUAACCAAUUUGUUUUAAAUUAAAUUAAAAUUAAUUAAAAUCAAAAUAAAUUAAAAUAAAAU